AUGGCAGCAGCGCUAAUCUGGAUUUCUCUCCUUGUGGGUCUCCUGGAAGGGUUGGGGGGCACCGAGGCCCAGCAGACCACCCUGCAUCCACUUGUGGGCCGCGCCUUUGUACACACCCUGGACCACGAAAGCUUCCCGCACCUUCCUGAGCACGUCUUCCCUGUCCCAGCCCCUGUCCCGAUUACCUACCAAGCCCACCUCCAGGGACACCCAGACCUGCCUCGGUGGCUCCGCUAUACCCAGCGCAACCCCUACCAGCCUGGCUUCCUUUAUGGCACCGCCACCCCAGAAGAUCGUGGAUACCAGGUCAUUGAGGUCACAGCCUACAAUCGGGACAGCUUCGACACCACCCAGCAGAUGCUGGUGCUGUUGAUUGGGGACCCAGAAGGCCCCCUGCUGCCUUACCAGGCUGAGUUCCUGGUGCGCAGCCAUGAUGUGGAGGAAGUGCUGCCCUCGACACCUGCCAGCCAUUUCCUCGCAGCCUUGGGGGGGCUCUGGGAGCCAGGAGAACUCCAGCUGCUCAACAUCACCUCUGCCUUGGACCGUGGGGGCCGAGUCCCCCUUCCUAUUGAGGGCCGCAAGGAAGGGGUAUACAUCAAGGUGGGCUCUGCUUCACCCUUCUCCACCUGCCUGAAGAUGGUGGCAUCCCCCGACAGCCACGCGCGCUGUGCCCAGGGCCAGCCUCCACUACUGUCCUGCUAUGACACCUUGGCACCUCACUUCCGGGUUGACUGGUGCAAUGUGUCCUUGGUGGACAAGUCAGUGCCAGAGCCUGCAGACGAGGUACCGGCCCCAGGUGAUGGGAUCCUGGAGCACGACCCGUUCUUCUGCCCACCCACUGAGGCCACAGCCCGAGACUUCCUGACCGACGCCCUCGUCACACUCCUGGUGCCCCUUCUGGUGGCCCUGCUGCUGACCCUGCUGCUGGCCUACGUCAUGUGCUGCCGGCGGGAGGGACGGCUGAAGAGAGACCAGGCCACCUCUGACAUCCAGAUGGUCCACCAUUGCACCAUCCGUGGGAACACAGAGGAGCUGCGACAGAUGGCAUCUAGCCGAGAGGUGCCCAGGCCACUCUCUACCCUGCCUAUGUUCAAUGUGCGCACAGGCGAGCGGCUGCCCCCGCAAGUGGACAGCGCUCAGGUGCCCCUCAUAUUGGACCAGCACUGA